UUUUCGAUUUGGGUUUGCUUGAUUUGUAGGUUUUGGUCCAGAAAUCUACUACCCAAUUCGGAUCAUCAUGUAAUUGGGAUCAACUCAGCUCAAAGUUUAAGACUUGCAGUAAACCCAGUACUCGGAUAGUUCUGUUUUUGAAAGUUAGAUUUGGCUAUGGAGAAGCUCACUGAUGCAGAUGCUGCUAGUUCAUCUUUGAGUUUGUUUGCUGCAUUGUCAUAUGGGGUUGCUUCCAUGGCUAUGGUGUUUAUCAAUAAAGCUGUUCUUAUGGAGUACUCGCAUUCCAUGACACUUCUCACUAUGCAGCAAUUAGCCACUGCCUUGCUUAUACAUUUUGGGCGGAAAAUGGGAUACACGAGAUCGAGAGGACUAGAAAUGAGCACUGCCAAAAAACUUCUCCCUGUGUCGCUUUUCUAUAAUGCUAAUGUUGCAUUUGCUUUGGCUAGUUUGAAGGGAGUCAAUAUUCCCAUGUACAUUGCAAUCAAAAGACUCACACCGCUUGCUGUGCUUAUCGCUGGAUUCUUCUCGGGGAAGGGGAAACCCUCAACACAGGUGAUCCUUUCAGUGGUAUUGACUGCAGGAGGGGUUGUCAUUGCAGCACUAGGAGACUUUUCAUUUGAUCUUUUUGGAUAUAGUUUGGCCCUCACUUCAGUUUUUUUCCAGACCAUGUACCUUGUGCUAGUGGAGAAGUCAGGUGCAGAAGAUGGGCUGUCAUCAGUUGAGAUCAUGUUCUACAACAGCUUUCUGUCUCUUCCAUUUUUGCUAUUUCUCAUUAUAGCUACCGGAGAAUUUCCAAAUUCUUUCUCAUUACUACUUGUAAAGAGCACUUCCAUACAUUUUUUGGUGAUCCUUAUUCUUUCAUUUGUUAUGGGCAUUGCUCUCAACUUCACCAUGUUCUUAUGUACCAUAGUCAAUUCUGCUCUGACAACGACCAUAGUUGGAGUCCUAAAAGGGGUUGGAUCCACGACCCUGGGUUUUGUCUUGCUGGGUGGUGUGCAAGUACAUGGUUUGAACGUGACUGGACUAGUUAUCAACACAACUGGUGGAGUAUGGUAUUCAUAUGCCAAAUAUCAGGAAAGGAAGAGCAAGGCCCCAAAACAGGCAUCAGACGUGGAGACUUACCAUAAAUGAUCUCGAUAGAAAAGAUACCAUAUGGUUUACUAACAGCUGCUCUCUAUUGUUACAUUUUUAGUUUGCUUCUAUUUUCAUCAAAUGGCCAUAGUUUUUUGAAGGACAAUGAUAUAGGGAUUUUUAAACAAGUUUGAUCAACAAUAUAUCCAAAUUCACUCACAUAGUA